UCGUUUCAAUACUGUGGUGAUUGACAGCGCCGGCCAAAUCCGAUGGAUUCCUCUCCUCUGAACACGCUGCCGCAGGAAACCCUCCACCAGAUCUUCUGCCAACUGCCGAUCCGGCAGAUCGCCGCCGCGAAGUGCGUCUGCAAGGCGCUCUACUCGUCCCUGUCGUCGGCGUCGUUCCGCCAUCUCCUCCGCACCCAAUCGCAGCCGCUCGCACUCCUCGCGCUGAAACCCUCGCAUCGUCAUGCGUCUCCUCAGCCUACCCUCCACUCCUUCGAUCCGUCGUCGAAUCGAUGGCUGAAAUUCUCCCUGGCCUUCCUCCCCUUCGCCGCCCUCCACCCCAUCACCUCCUCCCACGGCCUUCUUUACCUGUGGGCGUCCGUACAGAAUUCGCGGAACUCGCCGGCGCAAAAUUCCCAAAAAGCCCUAAUCGUGUGCAAUCCGUUGACCGGUCAGUUCAAAACGCUUCCUCAGCUCGGCUCAGCUUGGUCGCGCCACGGCUCCGUCUUAGCCGGGUCGCCUGGCGUGGUCGUCGUCCUCACGGAGCUCGCGGUUCUGUAUUACUCGGAAACUGCGAAUCCUGAUGGUCGCAACUUCGAUUUCAAUGGUUUGAGCAAUUGGCUCAAGUUUUCGUCGAAUCUACCGUCGAAGCCGAGGAGUCCGGUUCUGAUUUCAGAUUUCAUACUCACAUUGUGCGAUGUGGGGUCGCCGUGGAGGUCACAGUGGGCAAUGUUCAAGACGAAAAUUGUUGGUAUGGAGAAAACAAUGCAAUGGAUUAGGGUGGAAAAGCGUGAAUGGGGCGAGAUUUUUGACAUACUGAAGAGACCAAGAUUGGUGAGGGCUGGUAACAGCCGCAAGGUUUACAUGGUUGGAGGAUUGAAGAGUUCAUACGCCUUACAGAGUGCGUGCACAACAAUCUUGAUUUUAAGGUUGGAUUUGGAGAAUUUGGAGUGGGAGGAGGCAGGUCGAAUGCCUGUGGAAAUGUACAAGUGUUUCAUGGAGAGUAGCAAGUUUAAGGUGUUUGGCGGGGGCAAUCGAGUUUGCUUUUCAGCGAAACGUCUGGGGAGGUUGGCAUUGUGGGAGGAAAGCAUCGACGGAAAGGCAGAGUGGAGGUGGGUGGAGAGUGUGCCCGGAACCGGAGAUGGGCUCUGCCGUGGAUUCGUAUUCGAGGCCGGGCUUGAUUCAGUUCCAUAGUGAGCUACAAGUAUGAUUUCUUGGUAAUCAUAUCAGUGAUUUGCAACUUAAUGUGGAAUUGAUUCAAUCUUGAUAUCUACUUGCAUUAUUCUGCUUACAAUGACUGUUGUAUUAUCCGAAUUGUGUUUGAACUUACUCUGUUUGUGCUCGCCGCCAUGAAAUGCUCGUUCACAUGUCAUAUGUUUAGUGAUUA